UUGGAAACCUCUUUCUUUAGGAAACAGUCUUGUCGGAGGUCACAUACUUAUGAGCUCUAUGGUAAAGGAAAAAACAAAGCAGCUGUAUGCACCGCGCACACUGAUGUCCUGAGACAGCGGGACCACCGCCUUGCUCCUGACUCACGGCUGAGUCAGCGGGGGCGCGCAUAACUAUAUAAUGAUAAUUCCCCAGACAUAAAAAGCGCGCACAUGGCUCCAUCCCGUAUUCAACCUGGUAGCCUAUAAAGCCAGCUGUUGAAGCCAAGUUACCAGACACAGAGAAACACCGAGUGGAUGUCUUAAAGCCAGGGGAACUUGACAUCAGGCAAAGAAACACAAUGGAGCUGAAACCUUUAUUGAAGAAGCUGGGCUCAAUUAUCCGUGCCAUCCUCACUUUCCUCUUUGCUCUGCUGGUCCUGGGUGUGAUGGUGUGGGCUUAUGUUGAGGGUUUCCAGCUGGCGACCUCCAUGUAUGGAAUCAUCUCCUUUGGCUUUUAUGGACUACUCCUCUCACUCCACGUGUUGGUCCAGAGUUUCUUCGCCUUCAUUGAGCACCGGCGAAUGAGAGCUCGCACAGACCCGUGCACCUUUACCAAAACCAUCGGCUUCACUAUAUCGGCUUACCAGGAGGACCCCGUCUAUCUCAGAGAGUGCCUAAACUCCAUCAGGGCCCUCAACUAUCCCCCUGAGCUGCUGCGCAUCAUCAUGGUUAUAGACGGGAAUGCAUAUGAAGACCAGUAUAUGAUGGACAUGUUCAAAGAGGUGUUUGCUGACCAAGACCCCGGCUGUUAUGUGUGGAGGAACAACUACCACACAUGGGACCCCACCCAGGCCCAGCAGGAUGUGGAAAUGGCUACAGUAAUGGGUCCAGGAGGGGAUGCUGAUUAUAUUAUAGGAGAGGAUCCUCAGAGAAAAGAGGUAGAGCACCUGAUCCAGAGCAAGAGGUGCGUGUGCAUCAUGCAGAAGUGGGGUGGCAAGCGGGAAGUGAUGUACACAGCGUUUAAAGCACUGGGGUCAUCAGUUGAUUAUAUACAGGUGUGUGACUCGGACACUAAGCUGGACCCUCUGGCCACCGUGGAGCUGUGUAAAGUGUUGGAGAGCAACCCCAAGUACGGUGCUGUGGGAGGAGAUGUGAUGAUCCUCAACCAGAAAGACUCUUACAUCAGCUUCAUGAGCAGUCUUAGGUACUGGAUGGCUUUCAACAUCGAAAGGUCCUGCCAGUCCUUCUUCAACUGUGUGUCCUGCAUAAGUGGUCCUUUGGGUCUGUACAGGAAUGAUCUCCUGCAGCAGUUUCUGGAGUCCUGGUACAAUCAGAAGUUUUUGGGAAGUCACUGCACAUUUGGUGACGACAGACAUCUUACCAACCGAAUGUUGAGCAUGGGCUAUGCCACAAAAUACACAGCCCGCUCCAAAUGCUACACGGAGACACCCGCACAGUUUCUGCGCUGGCUUAGCCAGCAGACUCGCUGGACAAAAUCUUACUUCCGUGAGUGGCUCUACAAUGCAAUGUGGUGGCACAAGCACCACCUCUGGAUGACGUACGAGUCCAUCGUCUCAGGUAUUUUUCCCUUCUUUGUCACUGCCACCAUCAUCCAGCUGUUUUGGACAGGCUCGCUGUGGGACAUCCUCUGGGUCCUUUGCUGCAUCCAGCUGAUCGGGCUGGUGAAAGCGGCUUAUGCCUGCAUCCUGCGCAGAGACAUAGUGAUGGUGUUUAUGUCCCUCUACUCAGCUCUGUACAUGACCAGCCUGCUGCCCGCUAAGUACUUUGCCAUUCUCACUAUGACCAAAAGCAGCUGGGGGACAUCAGGCAGGCGUAAGAUUGUAGGGAACUACAUGCCCCUCCUCCCUCUGUCAGUGUGGGCAGCCAUUUUAUUAGGUGGGCUCAGUUACACAAUCUACAAGGAGAGUCAACUGGACUGGUUAACUCCAGCCAAGACUGGAGACCGAGUUUCUUAUCUCUGGCUGUGUGGCAUAUACAUGCUACUGGCUGCUUAUGAUGUUACUCUACUGGGUGUGGUUCCGCAGGUUAUGUAGGAGACGCUGCCAAAGUUUCACAUUGAGUGUGUAGGUCUGAAGUGUCCAGUGAAGAACUAAGAGAAGGAAGAUAAUUUACUUGAAUUCAACCAUUUAACUUAUUUUAUUCAGUCGAUUUAAUUUAUUUAUUUUGUCUCGUAUUUAACUAAGUGAUGAACAAGUGCUUUUCAUUCUAUUGCUAAAUCAACAAAUUCAAACAAUAAAAAAAUUAAUAAAUAUUGGUAAUAAGGAAGAAAUGAACAACAUCCAUAUUACCUGAGCAUUUUAGAAAAAAUAUCACUAAUAUAAAUAAGGACAUUGAUUCAUAUGGAGACAUUGUUGCAUGUUUAAAUGAAACUGUACUGAGGGCUUUUGGGCCCAUGCACAUCUCUUUGUCAGAUUGUGAUGGCAGAGAUGGCCUUCCAUCAGAUAUUUAUUCGUGAUAUCUAAAGUUUGGAAAUGUACUAUUUAGAUAACAUUUUUUGUAUUUAAGGAUGUGGGUAUUAGAUCUUUGGUUAUGUAUAUAUGGAUUACUCCAUUAACACAAAGAGCUCCACUUACGGAUGCUUAACUGUGUCAGUUUAGUGACCAUUACUCCACCACUUUUGUUGUUAUUGCACUGGAUCCUGGAUGGCACGUUCUGCAGUGCUGCAGACCUACUUGAAAAUACAGAAAAUGGCAGUUAUAGUAUUGCGUAGUAGGAAGAAUGAACAAGCAGAAAAAAAGAAAGCAUGCCUCUAUGAUAAAACUUGCUUAUGAUAAUGAUGUGGCUCCAAAACAUGGAGUCAUUUUGUUUAAUUUAACAUUACAGAGGAAAAUGGACAACAACAUGUAAGCUUAUAUGCAGUACCUUUGUUGUAAAGGCUGGAAAUUAUCUGAAAAUGUGAAAACAAUGUUGCUUUUGGGAACUUUUAUAGAAUUGAAAAAUAAAAUAUUUUUCUAACGUGUACAGCUUUGUUUU